AUGUUGAACAACACCAGUUCUGACUUUGACCUGACGAUUCGUCAGCAGCCCCGUCAGGCCCGCGUGGCUGGGGGCAAAGAGAAAGAGCGCAAACCAAUCGAUCCGCCUCCGAUCGUCCAGCUUCGGGUGCGAGAGGAGGGUUCCUACCUGGCGCAGCACUACCUGCAAAGCCCUUACUAUUUUAUGUGCUGUAGCCUGUACGAUGCGUCAGAAGAUCGUGCCGUGCCGGUGUCUCCGUCGACUGCGUUGGCAGGAACCCUGGUUUCGUCUCUUCACCGGUUGAAGGAUGUGGACAACAGCGAUGGAGGGUUCUUCGUUUUCGGGGACCUCUCCGUGAAGAUCGAGGGCGAUUUUCGCUUGAAGUUUACCCUGUUCGAGAUGCGAAAAGACGCCGUCGCAUACUUGAAGACCAUCAUCUCCGAUCGGUUUACUGUGUCUCCUCCCAAGAGCUUCCCUGGAAUGAUGGAGUCGACGUUUCUCUCCCGAUCCUUUGCGGAUCAAGGCGUGAAGUUGCGGAUCCGCAAGGAGCCUCGCACGAUGAUGAAACGUCCGGCCCCACGCCCGGAUGACUUCCAGGCUAUUCCUCCGCGAUCGCCAGAUCGUCAAUCCGUCCAGAUCCCUCCGACGGCUAACUUUGGAGCCUACCCGGCAACGAGUCGAGACUACACGUACUAUGGGGCACCGGUCAAACGCCAUCGCACGUCAAUUGAUUAUGGCCGACAGAGCCUGUAUGACGCGGAUGGCCGGAUUGCUCGUCCGAUGGAUACUUAUAGCCAAACGUCGCCUCUUUACGCCGGCCAACCAACCGCAUAUCAAGCCCCUACCAUGCAGACAUACUCAACCGGACAGGUGGUGCCCGAUUACGGGAUGUCCUAUGGCCUGCCGCCGUCAGCCCCCAUGCCUCAGAUGCCCGAUCCCUCGGGCCAAACACGGACCAGCCAGCAAGCUGCCGUGGGACAGCUGAUGGCGAUGCCCCAGCCUGGUACACCUGUACGGCACCCCUCUACAAACCAACAGACCCCGGAUUCGACUGGAGCGAUGAUGGCACAGGGAUAUCCUCGAACCGGCUACCCUCCUAGUUCUACCAUUCUUCCUCCGCUGCAGCGGAAUCGCAACUACCCCCAAGGGACCAACGGGACAACCAGGGGCUAUUUCGACCAGUCCUCGCAGGCGGCCACUCCCAUUCUUCCUUCUCAGAUGGCCAACGAAGGCGAUCGAUAUGGCUCCGUGCCUGGCUCUGUUGCCUUUGAUCCCCCAGAUUCUGCAAACGGGACGCCUCGGUGA